AUGCAGGUGAUGGAUACAAUAAAGUCUACAGAAGGCAAACAUUUGGAGGUUCUAAUUGGUCUUGCUUCGCAAAUAUGUAAUGUCCAAGGUAUUCAAUUAGAUAUUCAUGAUAGAGAAGCAAUUGUUGACAAGAUGGUGGGUGCACUCAAAGGAAAUAUGAUACCAAAUCCAGAAUACCCAAGGAUGAGAAGGGUCACCAUUGAGAUGGCAAUCUCUAUCACCAAAUUGUGUUCUAGCUAUGCAACCAUCUUGAGAGAAAAAGGGAUGAUCGACUUGAUGUCCAAGAUAGAGAGAUUACCCCCGUCCAAAGUGGAAAAGUACAGGAUCUUCUUUGGAAAUGUAGGGGUGGUUUCCGAGAGUGGCGUUCCUCUGCCCGACCUUGUGGCGAACGCAAAACACCUAAUUGACCCAGCCCCGGGACCUCAACCAGGUGGCCAUGCAUGA